AUAAUAACGAGCGUUAAUUGACGGAGAAGCUCGGCGAAUUCAGCCAGGGCCAUUGGCAGCAGUAGGUCGCGCCAGAUCUGGGUGCAACAUUCAAUUUUCCGUGUCGCGAAUAAUAAACCUAAAAAUCGCGACAGUGCGCCGUCCAACAGGAGCGCCCACUGACAAUCGUCGACGGCCGUCCGGUGUUGCCCAUUUCCGUUGGGCAUUUGCUCUCAUUUAAUUUUCCAUUCACCGGAAAAUUUUUACUCCGAGUAAUCACAAAAGCGCGUGACAAUACCGCGUGUAAACAUCAACAGAGGCUUGUUCUCCCCCUCCAGUGACGAAAGUUUAGUGGCGAGCGAGUCGAACGGUGUUCAAUGAUAAUCGUCGCGAUACUUAUUACCCCGACACAUCGUGAACGCAGUUAUUGAGACGUCGGACUCCACCGGAGACGCGCGAACAACUGGUGUUUGGGCUUUGCUGGGACGUGGGAGAGGUGAAAACGUUUAAAUCAAAGGGAUUAAUUGUGCAUUCGGGAAAUGGGCCAAUGGAGACGUAGCGCGGGCCUGUCGUAACAUCCAUUGGACAGAGUGAUUAUCGUUUGUUGAGAAGAGGUGAAAAAAAGAAGAGGGGCUCUCGGGACAGGACUGACAGUGUCUUUAAUGUCUCGUAGUUUUCUCCUCACAUGUUGUGAGGCGAUCCUCGGUGACUGGUCACCACUUGCGGAGACUUUUGAAUUUAUUGUGCGAAGUUGUUGAGGGAAGAUGGAGUCCGAUCAGUCGUACAGUGUCAGGGGUUUGCGGCCGCACGAGGAGACCAGGAGCCGGAGGGUGUCCAUCAGCGAUCAGGUUGUCGGGAUCGAUAAUCCGGUGUUUGAACACAAUCGGAGGAUUAGUGCGACCUCACAGCACGAUUCGGAAUCCGCCAGGAAGAAGUCUAUUCUGCAUCACAGCAAUGGGGAAAGUGUCGAGAAUUUACCGCAGUUCAAGUUUGAUCUUGAGAAUGGCAGGAUCAAUGGACAGAGUAGGAAAAAAUCGGCUAUGAGCUUGUCCAGCUCCAUACGGGAUAAAAUUGAGUACACGGAGGAGUUGAAAAGUUCAUGGUUGUAUCUAUUCUGCGCCCGCUGUCACGGACCCGAUGACACCCCAUCCUGGGAGCCACCAGGCUGGCGACGUGCCUGUCCGCGUCCCUUCUGCCCGACAUACAGAAAAUUUGCCCGAAUACUGUGUCUCUUUCUACUCGGUAUAAUGGCAUGGGGCAUAACGUACUCACUCGUCGGUGCGGAUGCAGCACCAGGUGGUCCACUAUUUAGUUUAGCAUGCUUAGCAAUAGCAGCACAUUUUGCCGGCUGGAUUUUCUCACUAACGACACUGCCGGCCCUCAUUGGUAUGCUGUUCACUGGUAUCAUAAUGCAGAAUGUUGGACUCGUCCACAUUGAGGGAUAUGCUCAUGUUGUCGCUAAUCUUCGGAAGAUCGCUCUGGUGAUUAUCCUCACACGAGCGGGACUGGAUCUGGAUCCGCACGCCGUCAGGCGGCAGAGGAUCACGAUGCCGAAGAUUGGGCUGGUUCCGUGGCUCGUGGAGGCCGUUGUCGUGACAGUAAUGAGCAAGUACCUCCUGGAUUUACCUUGGAUCUGGAGUUUGCUGAUUGGGAGUGUCGUUGCGGCGGUAUCGCCGGCUGUUAUCGUGCCCUGUCUCUUCAGACUGAGGAGCAAGGGGUAUGGGGUGGCUAAGGGAAUCCCAACAUUGAUUAUCGGGAUAUCUGGUAUUGAUGAUGCUGUUUCGGUCGCUGGCUUCGGUAUUCUGAAGAGUGUUCUAUUCUCCAAUGAUGCUCUGUGGUAUCAAAUACUCCAGGGACCAUUGGCUAUUGUUGGGGGACUCGGGUUUGGUGCCCUUUGGGGGUGUUUGGCGAAAUACGUUCCUGAGAAAGGAGAUCCAUUUAUGGUACCUCUCAGAGUGCUAAUGCUCCUCGUCGGAGGCCUCCUCGCAGUGUUCGGUAGCGAAGCCAUCGAACUCGGCGGAGCUGGACCACUGGCCGUCGUUGCCGCUGCCUUCGUCAGCUGCUACUUCUGGCAGCAGGAGGGGUGGGACAUCGACGAUAAUCCAGUGACAAUAUCCUUCGAGAUCUUUUGGAUGAUCUUCGAGCCAAUUUUGUUCAGUGUCACUGGCACCCAAAUAAAGAUAAACGAGUUAGAUGGGCCCACAGUGUACCUCUGCAUAGCCUGUUUAGUCGCUGGAAUUAUCCUCAGGAUUUUCGCGACAGUCUUGGUUGGCGUUGGUUCGCGAUUAAAUCUCAAGGAAAAAAUAUUCAUAGCCCUUGCCUGCAUGGCGAAGGCAACGGUCCAGGCUGCACUGGGUCCUGUUACACUCGAUCAAAUAAACAGAAGUGAUACCGACGCUGUGAGAUACGCCGAGACAACCCUGACACUCUGCGUUCUAUCGAUUAUUCUAACAGCUCCAACUGGGGCUAUAAUUAUCUCACUCACUGGUCCAAGAUUGCUCACCAAAACUACCGAGCUCGUUGUGCCGCAGGAAGGAUGGAGAUCCCGGAAGCAUUCUAUCAGGGACAUUUCUAUUAUCAACGAGGAUCCAGACCUCGAGGAGAGUGCUGAUAGCAAACCCUGAUUCCUCGGGUGGAUGCUUAUCUCAUUUCUAUUGUACGAUUUUUGUGAAUCAUUUUUUCUCUCGUUUCGUCAUUGAGGAGCCAAUCUGUACAUAUUAACAUUUACAUCAGUGUGUAGAUACGUAUUGCAUUGAUUGUUAAUCAAUUUUUUGAAUCUGUGUAAUGGUUAUUGCAUUGUUUCGUCUCCGGUUAAUCGGGGGUUUAGGUGUAAUAAAGAUAUUGUUUUUAUCCGUU